GACAUGCCACUCCACUCAUAUACCACACGCUGACUGGACAGAUUUUGAUUGGCUAAAAUACUAAGUGGUGUGACAUUCUAUUUCUUAGUUGCCAUUGGGCCCUAUAACCUUAAAAAGUUAAAAAUGGCUCCAUCGAAGAAGAAAGGCAAAGCCAAAGGUAACCCAGCCACCGAGUCAGCUCAGUCCAAACCGUCUUCGGCAUCCACAUGCUCAUCCACGCCAAGCCUGGCCUGCAUCAGCGUCGUACCGCCGUCAUCCGUUGCGAUAACCAUCCACGCCAAGCCCGGCUCAAAAAUCGCCACCAUCACAGAUUUGAGCAACGAAGCAGUUGGAAUCCAAAUUGAUGCCCCUGCAAAAGAUGGUGAAGCAAAUGCUGCCCUUAUCGACUACAUAAGCUCAGUUCUUGGCGUGAAGCGAAGGCAAGUUUCCAUACGUUCGGGCUCCAAGUGUAGGGAUAAGGUAGUGAUUGUGGAAGAAGUAAAUGUACAGGCUGUGUUCAAUGCACUGGACAAUGUUUUGAAGAGCCAUUGAACCAACAAAUUUCCUAGACAUGUGAGGGAUGGUAUGGUCACUCUCGCCUGCGCGUAUAUCAUGGCCACAUUCCUGUUUCCAAGACCGGUCCAUGGUUGUUCUGAUCAUACGACAAAAGUUCAUACCGGUUGGUGUCAGCACGAAAGGAUCCAAGGGAGGUUGGACGGUAGCGACUGAAUUUAAUAAAAAAUCACCGAUGAUAUUCACACAAUCUGUCUAACACGCUACGCGACAAGGAAGUCAUCUUCCUAGUAAGAUGACAAGAGAAUAAAGAGAUAAGAAGGGCAAAGGCAAUCACUUCGCGCCAUCUAAGAACGUGGCGAUGUGCGGCGCCUUGUCCCCUCUAGCUUCCUAUAAAUACUUGUGUAACCU